CAAUAGCCUAGGACUAACCAGGUAUCCAGCCGAGUAGUGUGAGUAUGAAAGUUAUCAGGAAAUCCUUGCCGAAGCCCAAAUCUGACGAGGGCACCAAACGGAGGGAAUAUAAGAGCGACGAACCAGCUAAUGUAAUGUCAAUAUCGUUCUAUAUAUUAGUUGGCGUCUGCGAGCAACGCCCCUAUAAUAGAUAAGCGAAGAACUCACGUAAGGAAAGUAUACCAAUGCCAUCGUUUGAGAUCCAAGGGACCUUUGUAUCUUUUUGUUUUCGCUGGCAUGAUGACUGUUUUGGUUGAACGAAUCGUUGAUUUUAAACGUCGAUGUCGUUCAAUCGAUUGGCACUGGCAGCAGCCUUAUUAGAAUAUGACGGUAGCAAUAAAGCUAAAGAUUCUGCUUUGUUCGCACCCGCGCCUUUAACCGCUGAGGAUGGUAUCAAUAAAUACGCCAAGUUUGACAGCGAAAUCGGCGAACUGAGCGAUAGAGUUAAGCGUACAAGCCUAUCUUCAGAUAAUUCUAUUCCAGCUACCAAAAAGAUCGACAUCGCGAAAUCCGUUGAAGCAUAUCGAGCUGGUUUUGAUAUGUCAUACCCUACACAACAAAAAGUGGAAGACCGGCCAGAUAUCCCUAAAGAUGAUAUAAACCUCGAUAGUUGGGGCCUAGAUGGCUUUUUGGUUAAAAGUUCGAGUGCUGAUCUGCCACCACCUCCACCUCUACGUCCAACGCCAGGUGAAGCUCGUGCAUCUAAGAAUAGAACACUCUCAGAUGCCGCAAAACUUUCUGAUAUUACCGCCGUAGCCUAUCACACAUCCCCUCAACGGGAACAGACCCGUGAUGAUAGUUCUCUCGCUAACGACUCCCUCUUCCGAGACACUUCUGCCGUCGAUCUAGCGAAGGAAGCACAAAACAGUACAGACUCAGCCAAGCCUACUAGAGGACGGGCCCAGUCUUCACUUGGAUUCUACAGAGAGGCCAACUCUGAUUUCACUUUACCACCAUUUGAUUUCACCUCAAAAUUUGAUCCGAAAAACGCUCAUCAUGCUAAACCAGAGGAGAGUCAGCCUACGGAUGUCAAUAACAACGAUAUACCACCUCAUUUGCGGCCAUCAGAACCCAAGCAUGAGGAAGUCAAGACAGUCUCAAGAAGUACGCUUCUGCGUCCAAAGACACUCGUUAUGCCUGUACCAUUGCAAGGUUCGAUAGAUGAUAUCAACGUCCAUAGAGAUGAUCAAGAUCUCCAUCAUCUGCCAACCGAACUUGGCCUACCAUUACCACUUGCAUUGAAACGAGCUAGAGCACACAAAAGACACACCGCAUUGGCUAUGAAUAGGGCAUCACUUGCCGUACCACUCAACGGCAAAUCAGAUCAGGGUGUGUCUUUCACAAAUCGCAAUUCACGAGCGAGCGUGUUUGCUCCAACAGCUGCCUCAUCACAUGCCCAAGGACCAUAUGUUGGAUCAAGUGCUGGUCUACCAAUUGCUCAAACUGAAGGUGAACAAGCUCAACUCUAUGACGAGAAGCUAGAAGAUGAAUACGAUAAAUAUAUAGUAAGAGCAAGGAAAAUGCGCGAAAUGGAAAUGUCAGAGAUGCAACCUGGUACAAUCUUUGGUUCAAGCUUGAUGGAUGAUAUUGAUGCACGUAAGCAAGCUCAAAAGGAUAAGAGAAGAGUUUUCAGGGGCGAUGAACAUCUACAAAUGAUGACACCUGAUGGUAGAUCAAGCAUAACUAAUGCAACCACGCGUAUGCAAUCUGUAUUUGGUGUUGAUGAGCAUUGGCAGCGCGAAUUAGCUAAAGCUGAAGCAAUUGAAGCUGCAGAGAGAGCCGAUGCAGAAAGAAAUCAACGCAUUGAAGCUGAGAGGCAAGAAAGAAAGCACAUGAAGAAGAAUAAAAAGAAAUCCAUCAUGGGUUUGAAGAGCACUGGCUCUAAACAAAGUGUUGAACAAAAUUCUUCUCUCAACUUACCUGCGACAAACAAAGAAAAUGCAGCCCAUUCCAAAAAUGGCAUUGAAGACGCAGAAAUUACAUUGCCUUCUCAAGCAGUCGCAUCUCCUGUACCAAAUGAAACAUUAGUCGGUGGACGCAGCUGGUACGAUGAAUCUGUUGAUUCAGGUUCUACAGGAUUACCUUCUGCUCGUCAAUCGCAUGAGUUUGAUCCUAAACAGUUCGCUAGACCGAAGAGGAACAACGAAUGGAGACACGCUCCUAGAAAAUCAAUAGUACCCUCAUCUUCUCGAGCCCCAGAUGGUUCACUUCCUCCAGUUGAAUUGCUGCAGCCAUCUCAUUCUAGCAUAAACGACAGCGAAGACGAUUACGAAGAUGGUAGACCAAUUUCAGCUAUAAUACGCUCCAGAUCACAAGACGCUGAAUUACAUGCACAAUUAGAAGCCGAAGAUGACGAUAGUGAAGAUGAGAGACCGUUAUCUUCAUUUAGCUUCCAGGAGAUGCUGAGACGAAUGCACAAGAGGAAGAUGACGAUGACAUACCUCUUGGGUUGAAGCAUCUACAAGCAGGCACCUAUAAGCAACCUUUAGAUGGUGAUAACGAUGACGAU